AGGUCGACUGUGCUAGAUGGCUGCUGAGGCAAGACGGUUGAAAGCUCCAGCCCGAGAUAUGGUCGUUUUGUAGGGAGAGGGGGCUAGAGUCAGUGCUAACAGCUUAACAGAAGCAAGGUACGGAGAGCGAUCCAUGGCUGUCCCGAUAGACCCACUCAGACUCCUGCCGGAAGAUACUCCUCCGGUUGAUCCAGAUGAGACAGUUCUAGCAGAUGAUCAGUUACAGACUGAAGAACAUAUCCCACAGAUCAAUGCGUCAACAUCUGCAAAUGAAGCUGAUAUCAGAAUCGAAAUGAUGAUGGUACUACACGAGAUGCUCAUGGAAAAGGUAUCAGUUUGCUUUUCUCCUCCCACGAGCAGUACAAAGUGUGGGUUCAGCUUUAAUCUGAUAGAAGAUAUCGUAUGCGGAACCCAAGCCCGGCUAUGUCUGUACAUAAUAACGAAAGAAACCGGUUAUGCUGCGAGGGCGUUUAGCUCGAUAGAUGUUGAAAAUGCCCACAGCAUUAUAAAUCAUUUGGACCGCCGAGGGGUCCAAAACUCCUCAAUCGAAGAGCUUAGUAGACAUGUCAGCAACCUACAGAGACUUCAAAUUCUCAGGAAAACCUCUCUAGGACGGAAGCUUUAUACUCCGACAUCCACAAUUUACCACGCCCCUGAGAUCGACAAAGGUCUUUCUGAUAGAUUGACUUCCAGCCAAUUCGAUCUAUCGAAGCCGAGUGGGAAGAACAAAGAACUGAAACCCAUGGUCGCAACGAUGCUCCUCGCGGACAAGGGAGAGUUAGGGCCAUCGGUGGUCACAAGACUGCAGAAUAUUUAUUUUUUUAAGCGUUGAGGUUGUCACGAAAGCGUACUGUAACGGGACUGUAUCAGAUUUGAGUGAUUUGAUUUUGUGAUUCGCAGUUCACGUGAUUUUAUUGUGAUCUUAGACUGUAAAAACUAUAAAGGUUCAAGUUGAACUAUCGUCGCCAUGAUUAUGUAUUUUGGAACUGUUCACGUUGAAAUUGCUUCGUUAAUCAGCAGUCUUCCUUGGUUACCUUCUACUGUGUAAUGCAGCUACGAUCAACGAUACUUAGCUAGUACAUUCAUAGUAACUGCACUGAGAAGAGUAAAAAAUUUGAGCUUUGACGGAAUAACAUUUCCUUGUUUUUAGAUACGGUUACUAUUCUAGUGAGGGGUUCAUAGCUGACCAUUAAGGUCUUACUCACAAUAAUUUGUGCUCUGAUAUUGGCCGUACUGACUGCUGUUGAAAAAGCCACGCCAUCAGAUGCGCGUCACGAGAGUCCACCCCAGUAGACCCCACUACGUACAAAAUUUGAAAUUUUCCCAAAAACUUCUGAUUAAGCUAGUUUGUUUUCAAUAACUUUUGCAAUAUUAACAGUAGACCCUUCAAAUUUUCACCAAAUGUUACUCCAGACAUUUCUGCAUGGUAACUGUGUCAUAGAAUUUUAAUUUAGGGACCCAAUUUUGUGCAACACUCCGGUAUCUGACGACCGGUCGCGGACGUGGUUAUUGUAUUGUCAACUUCUAUUGCACACUGAGCGAGCUAUAUUUUGAGUACAAAUAUAA